AUUGCAGCUCAAAUUGCCAGUGUGUUUCGCAUGGAGGGGGCACUCGCUUCAGGAAGGAAAUCAGCCAUCAAAGGGAUCGAGCAGACAACUUUGUUACAGUCCCGCCGGAGUCACUCAUUACAAGGAUUUCUGAUAACGCGAGCUGGACUAAAACGUUAAAAUGUAUACCGGAGUGUUUCUACUGAUGCUGGUCGUCGGGCUCUACGCUGAUACUAUGGACCAAGGGCCAACAGCUGGCUGUACCUUUGACGAAGACUCUGACCCUGGACUGUGUGAGUACAAGCAGGGACAGGAGGACGACUUUGACUGGCAGCUGAUGAGGACAUACAACUGGCCACACAGCACCACAGACCUGCUGCGAGGGUCGUUCAUGAUGGUGAACUCGUCCCAGCAUGCCGUGGGGCAGCGGGCCCACCUUCUCCUCCGUUCGCUGAGUGAGAACGACACGCACUGCAUCCAAUUCAGCUACUUCCUGUACAGCCGCGACGGCCAUUCCCCCGGGGACCUGCAGCUCUACAUCCGGGUCAACGGGGGGCCGCGGGGAAGCGCCGUCUGGAACGUCACCGGGUCACAUGGACGCCAGUGGCACCAGGUGGAGCUAGCCGUCAGCACAUUCUGGCCCAGCGAAUACCAGGUGGUGUUUGAAGCAUCCGUCUCGGCAGAACGGCGAGGCUACAUUGCCAUUGAUGACAUCCUGCUGCUCAACUACCCCUGCUACAAGGUUCCCCACUUCUCUCGGCUGGGGGAUGUGGAGGUCAAUGCAGGGCAGAAUGCCACCUUCCAGUGUGUCGCCACGGGCAAAACUACAGAGACAGAACCCUUCCUACUGGAGCGUCGUAACGGUGUGGUUGUGGCUGCGUCCUCUAUCCAGCGUCUGAGCCACAAGCGUCUGAUGGCCACCUUCCAGGUGGCGGCUGAGAGGGGGGAGCAGGACCUGUAUCGUUGCGUCACAGAGUCCACCCGCGGAGCUGCUGUGUCUAACUUUGCCGAGCUCAUCGUCAGAGUGCCCCCCACCCCCAUCGCUCCACCCCAGCUGCUCCGGGCUGGCCCCACCUACCUGAUCAUCCAACUCAACACAAACUCCAUCGUGGGGGACGGCCCCGUGAUCCGUCGCGAGAUCGAGUACCGCGCCAGCCAAUCACCAUGGUCGGAGACACAUGGCGUGGGCUCGCUCACUUAUAAGGUGUGGCAUCUGGAGCCGGACACAGAGUACCGUAUCAGUGUUUUACUGACCCGGCCAGGGGAGGGAGGCACAGGGGCGCCUGGACCCCCCCUGGUCAGCAGGACCAAGUGUGCAGAGCCCAUGCGUGCGUUGCGAGGCCUCACAGCGACAGAGAUUCAGCCUCGUCAACUAACCUUACAGUGGGAACCUCUGGGCUACAACCUGACGCGCUGCCAUACCUACUCUGUCUCUCUCUGCUACCGCUACUCCACGCCUGCAGGGGGCAGCGCAGGGAACAACGCCACAGUGAGGGAGUGUCUCUCUGUGGAGAGGAACCAAUCACACUUCACCCUGAGGGACCUGCCCCCGUUCCGAUCCGUCCACGUCCGACUGGCUCUGGACAACCCAGAAGGCAAGAAGGAGAGCAGAGAGGUCACCUUUCAAACUGAGGAGGACAUUCCUGGUGGCGUUGCCCCAGAGUCACUGACCUUCACUCCAUUGGACGAUAUGAUCUUUCUGAAAUGGGAGGAGCCUGUGGAGCCCAAUGGGGUAAUCACACAGUAUGAGAUCAGUUAUCAGGGCAUCGAGUCAUCUGACCCAGGUAUCAACGUACCAGGCCCUCGCCGUACCGUUUCCAAACUGAGGAACGAAACAUACCACAUGUUCUCUGGCCUACACCCCGGCACCACCUACCUGGUGUCUGUUAGAGCUCGCACCGCCAAGGGCUUCGGACAGACCGCCCUCACUGAGAUCACCACCAACAUCUCCGCCCCAGUGUUUGACUAUGAGGAUGUCCCAGCCCCACUCAGUGAGUCAGAGAGCACCAUCACGGUGCUGUUGAGACCAGCGCUGGGCAGAGGAGCACCAGUCAGUGCGUACCAGGUGGUGGUAGUAGAAGAGGACGGUUCCAGGCGGGUCAGGAGGAGCAGGAGGAGGAGGAGGGAGCUGGGUAGCGGAUCAGACUGUUUCCCUGUGCCAGCGUCCCAGGUGGAGGCUCAGUCUAAGUCCCACUACUACACGGCUGAGCUUCCCCCCUCCAGUCUCCCUGAGGCCACUCCGUUCACCGUAGGGGACAACCACACCUAUAACGGCUACUGGAACACUCCCCUGGACCCCUCCAAGAACUACCUGGUCUUCUUCCAGGCUAUAAGCAACUUCAGAGGGGAGACGAGAAUGAACUGCAUCCGGAUUGCCCGUAAAGGUGCCUGUAAGGACCAUAAGAGGACCCUGGAGGUGUCCCAACAUGCAGAGGACAUGGGUCUGAUCUUGGGGGCCUGUGCUGGGGGACUGGUGGUCCUUAUUCUGCUGCUGGGGGCCAUCGUCAUCGUCGUCAAGAAGGGAAGGGACUUCUAUUCUUACUCUUACUACCCCAGGAAGAAUGUAGCGCUGAACAAGGCAGCCAUGUCGUACCGUCAGGAGAAGACCAGGAAGCUAGGUUCUUUGGACUGCAGCAUGACAGAGCAGAGCACCUUGCAGCAGGACGAGCGCACCGCUAACUCCUUCAUGGACGCCCAUGCCUGCAACACACGGAACGAACAGAGGAGUUCAGUGAACGAGUCCAGCAGCCUGUUGGGUGGUUCCCCUCGACGCCACUGUCGUAGGAAGAGCUCUCCGUACCACACGGGUCAACUUCACCCCGCGGUCAGGGUGGCAGACCUCCUCCAACACAUCAACCAGAUGAAGACUGGGGAGGGAUACGGCUUCAAACAGGAGUAUGAGAGCUUCUUUGAUGGAUGGGAUGUCACCAAGAAGAAGGACAAGACUAAAGGGAGACAUGACAGUUUGCUGGGGCAUGAUCGUCAUCGAGUCAAGCUGCACUCCCUCCUAGCAGACCCCAACUCUGACUAUGUCAAUGCCAACUACAUAGACAUCCGGAUAAACAGGGAAGGGUACCAGCGAUCAAACCACUUCAUAGCCACCCAAGGUCCCAAGCAGGAGAUGAUCUACGACUUCUGGAGGAUGGUGUGGCAGGAGAACUGCUUCAGUAUUGUCAUGAUCACUAAACUGGUCGAAGUGGGCAGGAUGAAGUGCUGUAAGUACUGGCCCGAGGACAGUGAACUCUAUGGUGACAUCAAGAUCACACUGCUGAAAACGGAAACACUGGCCGAGUACACCGUCCGCACCUUUGCUAUGGAGCGGAGGGGCUACCCAGCCAAACAUGAGGUGUGUCAGUUCCACUUCACCUCCUGGCCAGAGCAUGGUGUUCCCUACCAUGCCACAGGCCUGCUGGCCUUCCUACGACGGGUCAAGGCUUCCACACCCCCUGACGCUGGGCCCGUGGUUGUCCACUGCAGUAUGGGAGCAGGCAGAACAGGCUGCUACAUCGUGCUGGACGUCAUGCUGGAUAUGGCAGAGUGUGAGGGAGUGGUGGACAUCUACAACUGUGUCAAGACCCUUUGCUCCCGACGCAUCAACAUGAUACAGACAGAGGAGCAGUAUGUGUUCAUCCACGAUGCCAUUCUGGAGGCCUGUCUGUGUGGAGAGACAGCUAUACCAGUUAUUGAGUUUGCUCUGACCUAUAAGGAGAUGCUGAGGGUUGACUCACAGAGCAACACCUCCCAGCUACGAGAGGAGUUCCAGACUUUGAACUCUGUGACCCCUCACCUGGACGUGGAGGAGUGCAGCGUGUCCCUGCUGCCUAGGAACCGUGAGAAGAACCGUAGCAUGGACGUCCUGCCUCCAGACCGCGCCCUGGCCUUCCUGGUUACCACCGAGGGCGUUGCCGAGGGGAACAGCUACAUCAACGCUGCUCUCACCGACAGCUUUCACCGACCCGCCGCCUUUGUGGUAACGCCACACCCGUUACCGGGAACCACAGCAGACUUCUGGAGGCUGGUCUAUGACUAUGGAUGUACCUCAGUGGUGAUGCUCAACCAGAUCAACCAGUCCAACUCUGCCUGGGUGAGAAGAGGGGAGCCGUGUCUACAGUACUGGCCAGAGCCUGGGCUGCAGCAGUUUGGACCAAUGACAGUGGAGCUUCUGUCCAUGAUGGCUGAUGAUGACGUCAUAAUCCGUCUGUUCCGGGUUCAGAACAUCAUGCGGCUCCAGGAAGGUCAGCUGGUGGUUCGUCAUUUCCAGUUCCUGCGCUGGUCUCCAUACCGUGACGUGCCAGACUCUAAGAAGGCUUUCCUCAGCCUCCUGGCCCAGGUCCACAACUGGCAGAGGGAGUGUGGAGAGGGACGUACCAUCGUCCACUGUCUAAACGGUGGCGGUAGGAGCGGGACAUUCUGCGCUUGUACCAUGCUGCUAGAGAUGAUCCGUCAUCACAGCGUGGUGGAUGUCUUCUACGCUGCCAAGACGCUACGCAACUCCAAACCCAACAUGGUGGAGACCAUGGAGCAGUACCGGUUCUGCUAUGACCUGGCCUUGGAGUACCUGGACGCCUUGGACUGCCUGAGUGAGAUAGAAGUGAGAUAGCACUGAUCCCAGAUCAGCUCAGGCUCAGGGGAGAUGGAGUGGAGUCCUGGGCCUAGCCUGGAUCUCAACCUGGGUCCACAUCACCUGGGCCUCCCAGCCUGGUCCUAGCCUGAGUUUACAGCCUGGGCCUGAGUCUGGGUCCACAUCACCUGGGCCUCCCAGCCUGGUCCUAGCCUGAGUUUAUAGCCUGGGCCUGAGUCUGGGUCCACACUGCUCUGCUUCUCUCUCUAUACUUCUACGUCUAGUACUGUAUUUUCAGACCUGCUCGACCCCAGAAGGAGUGUAGGGAUAGAGGCCUGGGCCUCACCACUCCGUCUUGGGUCUCCCCUUGGGUCUACAGCCUUGGUCUAGCCUGGUUUCUGCUCUGUUCCGCUUCCUUCUCUUCUCGACUCCCAGGUCUGGGUGAUUCAAUGUAUCUGCUGCCAUAACUGACCUGGGCAAAAGAAAACAAUGAGAGCGAAGGAGAGGGAGACAGAGAGAGAUGAUGGGACAUGCUCCUACCUUCUACCUGUUAUAUACUGUACUGUUGUCCUUUCCCUUGCAUUUGUAUCCCGCUGUAAGUUACUAUUUGUUCUGUGCCACAUACUAUCUGCCAAACCCAAGGAAGAGGACAAGGAAAUGGGCAGGAUCAUUCUCUUCUCAUUGGACGUUUUUCUGGUCACUUGACCACUGGUGGUAUACUCAAAGGUCUCUGCAACUUCCUGCCUUAUUUUACUCUGUCAAUGACAACAACAAUUACAACAACAAAAAAUACAAAGUAGAAGCUGAAGUUUAACAACAAGACAAUGACAUCACAUACAACUGCCUGCAAAUAAAACAUGUCAACUAUUGGGUGAUCUUGUGUGUUUGUUUUGUAAUACGUGCAAUGAUCUUGUAUAUUAUGCAAUGAUCUACUGUUGGUGAACAUCCGAUGUUGUUACUGUACACUGGUGUUUUCUCUGGUGAGGCUGGAAUGGCAGAGAAUACGUUUACAAAGAGAAUGGCACUGAAUUUAUGUUGGGUGCGUCUAUCCUAUGGUCAUAUUGUACAGAAAGGUUCCUAUCUUGUCUAUUAUUUAUUGUUUGUGUAAAUAGAUUGUUUUCCAGAUGUUUAUCGAUGUUUGUCGUAUUAACUCUGUGCCAAUCCAUUAUCUUUGUGUUUAUGAACAACAUGGUCUCAUUAGAAUAUGUCAAAAUAGUGACGUUUAACCAUUGUAGUUAUAUGCCACCCAGUUUGACAUAUUACUUUUAUGUCACGUCUGGUGACAUAUUACUUUUAUGUUACUUUUGGUGGCAUAUUACUCCAUAAUGUAAUGAGAUAUGUCUAUAAAUGACAUUGGAGUUAUACAGUACUGUAUGUCACCCAAUUUGACAUAUUACUUAUAUGUAAUUUCUGGUGACUUAUAGCUUCAUAUUUGUAAUGAGUUAUGUCUGCUAUAAAUGAGGACCACUUGAGAACCUGCAUGCCAGUCAGUCGUUAGUGUUUCCAUUGCAGUUUGUGACCCAGUCUGCUUCGGGGGACCGCCCCCACUGCUACCAGAGACGGGGGUUGCAAAAUUCCCAUAGCAUUCCCAAAAUUCCCAGGUUUUCCUGAAAUUCCCAGUUGGUGCAUUGCCUGACUAACGAACCGAAAAGAAAAGAGGGAAUCCUCUAACUGGGAAACCUCAACCCUGGAAUCUUACAACUGGGAUUUUAGGAAAGCCUGGAACGUUUGAGGAAGUUACCCAAUUUUGCAACCCUACACAAGAACACCUAUAUUCAGAGAGAUCAAUGUAAAAAAAAGAACAUGAUGUGUCUCUAGUUGUGGGAACAAAGGUGAUCAGUUUGCCGAAACUAGUUGCUUUUUAAAUUUGUAUUUAUUCAUUCAAUGUGUUUUAUUUUCUAAAGAGUGUAUAAAUGAAAAUAAAUAAACUAUUACGAUGUUGCUAAUAUCAUAUGA